AAACUUUUUGUUUUUGUCUCUCCGUCGCACCGGAAGUCUCCCCUCCUGCAGGUGGCGGCACACCUGCACGUGACGCCGUAAGCUGCCGUCCACCGGAGGAGAGGAAGAGGAGGAGGAGGAAGAGGAGGAAGCGUUUCAGUCCAGCUGGACUUGCUCUGACCCAGCAGCGUGGUGGACUUGUUGUUGGACAGCGUUCCGGGCUGAAGAACCGGACCGUCCGGACCGGAAGCAGGUCCAGAGAAGGAGUCGGACUCUUAGCGGAUGUCCUCCUGCAGCUCCACCUCCUGAUCCGUGUGCUUUGUGUUGAUUCUCUGGUGUUACCAUCACAUUGCUCAUCAUCAUCAUCAUCAUCAUCCUCGUCGUCGUCUGAAGCACCACCUGGAACCAGAACCUCGUCUGCUAAGCUGGAUUCAUACGUCUGCGGGUGGUUGGUCACGGUGUCACCGCCUUUCGCUCCGCCUACGUCACCUCUUCCUGACUCGACCUGCGCCCCUGCUACGCAGCGCAGUUACGCAGAAGUGCUCCCUUGUGAUUGGUCGAUUUGGGAUGGAUGCAGAGAGUGGCGAGCUGUUCCUGGGAGACGUGGCGGCAGGAAGCUGGCAGCUCCACGCUCCGUUUUCCUGCUCCGAUCUCAUCCUGAACGACACUGAGAAACCCCUGCAGGACUGGGUGGAAGACCCCGACUGUACGCUCAACGACAGCGAAUCAGAAGACGUCCUUCAUGGCGUUGAUCCAAACCAGGUGUUUGACUGCGGACUGCCGGCCGACCCCUCGUCCGAGAGCGACAGCGGCAUCUCCGAGGAAGCUGUUGUCCAGAGUCCCGUCGCCAUGGUGACACCCAUCGUUGCAGCGACAAGCCAGCCUGCUUCGGCGACCAUCUACCAGGUGGUUUAUGACAUCAGCAGACUGGACAGAGCUAAGACAGAACCCGGACAUGAGAAUGUGGUCUCCAUCGAGCUGGGUGAGUGGAGCUCUCAGGUGCUGCUGCCAGACGCCUGCAUCGUUAACGAGCUGCCGGCGGUUUCAGGACCUGAUGGUGACCUGACCGCCGCCGACCCGGACCACCCAAACCUGCUGUACCCAGAGCUCCAUCUAACGGAGGAGGAGCAGAAGCUCCUGACGGAGGAGGGCGUCUGUCUUCCCAGCAACCUUCCUCUGACGAAGGCCGAGGAACGAAUCCUGAAGAAGGUUCGGAGGAAAAUCCGCAACAAGCAGUCGGCUCAGGACAGCCGGCGGAGGAGGAAGGAGUACAUCGACGGGCUGGAGAGCAGGGCGGCGGCGUGCUCGGCUCAGAACAGCGAGCUGCAGCGGACGGUGGAGCAGCUGGAGAAACACAACACGUCUCUGCUGGCUCAGCUCAGGCAGCUUCAGUCCCUCAUCAAGCAGACGGUCAGUAAAGGAGCUCAGACCAGCACCUGUUUACUGAUCAUCCUGGUGUCUCUGAGUCUCAUCAUCCUGCCGAGUUUCAGCCCGUUCAGCCGCCGUCCGCCUGCAGACGACGACUACAGACCAACAGGAGUUAUUUCCAGAAACAUCCUGACGGAUCCAUCCUCCUCUCAGCCGACGGCCAAUGACGGACCAGCGGUCCUCUCCGACUCCUCGCCGCCACCCUCUGAGCCCGGCCAAUCGGGACAUCCAGCUGCCCUCCAGGAACCAAUAAAACAGCUGGAGAAUGCAGCUGCUGGUGGAGAAUCGAGCCAAUCAGGGAUCGUCUCAGCUGUUGUUGCCGGGCAGACUGAAACGGAGGGCGGCCAUGACACGACUAAACUGGCUCACGCCGAUGAAAUGUAGUCAGAUAGACUGGACUUCCUGUUAGGACUGGUAGUGGUGCACGAAAACUAAACCAGUUAUUGUCCCAGACUCUCAAAGGGCUGAUCAGACGUGGUCAGUAUUAAGCUACAGCUAGCUGAUCGUUAGCUUAGCUCUACAGAAAAGGCCCAGGCGACUGUUUUUGAACUCAGUCUUCGUGCUAAGCGAACGUUGAGCUGUGGUUACGUUUUCACCACAUGGACAUGCGUGUUCGGUAAAUCUGGCUCCUAACACCAGGGUGGAUGCAUGAUCUCCAGGACUGAAGCUUUAAAGUUUCUGCUUAAAUAAUAAAUCUUCUUUUUCUUCUGGGUAGUUCUGGUUGUGGCGUUCUGACUGGGUUCAUGCUAACGUCUCACUCAUUCUUAGGUUUGGGGAAAAUGUCACUAAUCCAAUCAGAACCAGGAGCUGAUUCCCCCAAAACCCAAGGUAGCUUCGGGUGUAGUCCAACCCUUCCCGGGAGUCGGUAACCUCCCGGCUGUAAGGCCAUGGAGCUAACGGCCGCCGAGCUAACGGCCGUGGAGCUAACCGCCACUCCGCCGUGCAGCGUUCUUAUUUCCACUAAUCGGGUUGCUUCUUUAUGAACUGAUGGACAGGAUGAGCGUCUCCGGACGGACACCUCACUUUCUUCUCCCUUCACUGUUACGUACGGAUGUUUUGACACGCUCUGGUCUCGCUUCGUUACCCACCACCGUCCGGGUCCAGACCAGCUGGGCCGCACCAGGACAGUGGUCUCGCCAUCUUUUCUUGCCUUUUUUUAAAUUCUUUGUUUGGUUCAGUGUCUGUUUUUCAUCCAUCAUCGUCCCCCAGGUUGGGAACCGCUGUUUGUGACUCUUUCAUAUGAAUCUGAGCUGUUGGGAUGAAAUCUUUACUUCUGGUGUGAAAGGCAAAGUUUCCAGGUGGGAACGUUUAUUCCUGCUCCAGGAACUCGGCCUGUAGAGAUUCUGUUUCUGUCUAAAUGUCAGACCUUUGUUCUCUGCUUUUACUUUUCAUUCUGUUAAUAAAAGCAAAAAAAUAAAAAGAAUUUCUUUGUGAAUCAUCUCUGCAUGAACACAUGACGCAGCUGUGGAGACAAGUUUUAUUCCUUCAUACAGGCGGAGUCGGGACACGGAGGACUGAUCAGACCGGAUGUUUACAGCUGAAGAUCUGGACAUGUUAAAGUCUGAACCUGGAGUUUCUGUAGGUCUGUGGGCUGUUUUUAGG